AAGCACAUGGAGCGGGUCGGCCUCUCGGUGCAGGAACUAGACCAGCUCAACAUCAUCCAUGUAACGGGAACUAAAGGCAAGGGCUCCACGUGCGCGUUCACGGAGCAGAUUUUAAGAAGUUACGGCUUCCGUACGGGAUUUUACAGUUCUCCACAUCUGGUCGAGGUCAGGGAGAGGAUUCGAAUCAACGGACAGCCCAUCGAGAGAGAGCUCUUCUAUAAACACUUCCUGCAGGUUUUUGAGCAGCUGGAUGAAACUAAGGAUGCUUAUGACGGGAGCAUGCCGACACCCUUUGGUUUGUUCUCCCUCAUGGCGUUCCGGGUGUUUCUCGAGGAAAAGGUGGAUGUAGCGAUAAUUGAAGUAGGGAUUGGUGGACAUUAUGACAGCACCAAUGUGAUAAGGAGGCCAUGGGUGUGUGGUAUCUCAUCGCUAGGUCUGGACCACAUUCAGAUCCUUGGAGACACCUUUGAGAAGAUCGCCUGGCAUAAAGGAGGAAUCUUCAAGCCAGGGGUUCCUGCCUUCACUGUCAAACAGCCAGAAGAUGCGAUGGCUGUGCUCAGAGACCGAGCAAAAGAGAUCGGAUGUCCUCUUUGGGUGUGUCCUGAUCUGGAGGACUACGAGACGGACUGUGAACCUCUGCAUCUGAGCCUCGCAGGGAAGCAUCAGCACUCCAACGCCUCCCUGGCCCUCCAGCUGAGUCACAACUGGCUUCAGAGAAGAUGGCUACCUGUCAAAAGCUUUCCCACCAUCUCUGCUGAGAACACAGGUGUACCUCAGGCAGCUGCCUUCAAGCCCAGUCCUGCCGUGGUGAAAGGGCUGGCAGAAACUGUGUGGUCUGGAAGGACUCAGAUACUGAAACACAAAGAAGUCACAUACUUCCUGGAUGGAGCUCACACCAUGCGCAGUAUGCAGGCCUGUGCAGACUGGUUCAAUGAGACCUCAGCUCAGUAUGAAAGAAAAGCAAGUGGACCUGUGGCCAAGGUUUUGCUCUUCAACAUUACAGGAGACAGAGACUCAGCAGCUUUGCUUAAACCAUUGGUGCCCCAGCAUUUUGACUUUGCUGUGUUCUGCCCAAACAUCCGAGAUACCAGCACGUUUUGUCAAACAGAUCUUUGGAACACACCCAUCUCUGUAGAGGACAUGAUGACUCGCUGCUCGGUAAACGAAAGGAGCUGGAGACUUCAAAACAAUCUAGAGGACGUCAAUGGUACUCAUCUGCUCAUUGAGGACUCCCUGUCCACAGUCCCUGAGAGGAAAGUGGACACUCUGGUCUUCCCCUGCAUCCUUAGCGCCCUCCAGUGGAUCACCCAGGGCAGGGAUCCACAGCUAACAGAUUCAGCAAACAGAGUCCUGCCAGUUAAACCCUGCAUCCAAGCCAAAGUUGCUGCACUCUGUGAUGCAGCAGAGAUCCACGUCCUCAUCACUGGAAGCAUCUAUCUGGUGGGAGGAGCUCUUAAAAACUUAGACCCAGAGUCCUACAAGUAAAUAGAUUGUGCUAAUGAAGUUAGUGAGUUACAUCUCAGAUUAAAGAAAGGGAGGGUGCUCAUUCUAGAUUGUGGGAUUGUAGUUUUAGUUGUUAACCUUACAGGGUUGGUGUUGGCAACAGUGAUGACCACUUAAUGUAUUUAAAUGUGGAUGAAAGUGCACAAAUUUGAAGUAUGAAUACCACAGUGACGGGCACUGACAGGUGAUGUCAGCUGGGGCUGCAGUAUUGACAACGUGCUCAUGUCGCUAACCAAAACAUGCAUUAAACUUACUAUAUAGUGUUGUUUCUAAGAUGGGUCCAGUCCUCAGUUGGGUCCAGUCUUCACUGUCACAGAUUCUUGUGUGGGUUUGAAGCAGACUCUCACGGUUAUGUAAAAUUCAAUGACUCUUGUGUUAGUGUUUGUUACGUUUCUUCUCACCGUUCCUCCUCUACUCUGAUAAUCCAAAGCACACAGCGCUGCAGGAGCCUCAUUGGUCGACAUAGCUGUCAAUCAUGGCCUUUACAUGGAAGAGGGUUUGGGCCAAUGAUUAUUUUUAAGUCCAACCUUUUUUCUCAUAAUACGUUCCAAGACAGCAUUCUAGAAUUCUGUCUUUAAGAUCAAAGACAACAUUCUAGAAUUCUGUUUUUGGUGUCUUUUAUAUCAUCAAUAACUAAUUCAAAGUAAACUAGUCCAAAAAUUAAAACUGUGACCUAAAUCAGCAUGAUAAGAACUAUAACUAUAAUGACAGAAACCUUGUUUGACAAACAUUUAUUUGACCUGUGCUUCGGAUUUUACAGUUUGAUCUACAUUCCAUCUGUUAACAUUAAGGAGGCAGAGUUUAUGACCUAUACUGCAGACAUUCAGCAGGGGGAGCUCUACCUGAUUUGGUUUCACUUUCAGUCUUUAUAGUUUACGAAUGUCUUGUGGUUGAACCAUAGAGGUGUGAUGGUUAUUAUCUCAGGUGUAUUGAUAAAAAAGCUGCAAACUAACAGUCUAACCCACCAGAUGUUGCAUGGACUACAUGAAGUAAAGAGUUGUCAUUUUCUCUCCUGUUCAACAUGUAAUGUUUCUACAGCUUUCAAAAUUCUUUCAUGAUUUAUUUUUCCUGUGUGGCUCUUGAAAAUGAUCAUUAAAUACAAUAUUAA